UGAUAAGACUAUUCAAACCUUUUUGUACUGCGCUUCUACAAGUCUGGCUUAAAUCUUGAUUAUCUUAUCGUAUUCUAUUGAAAUCUCACAUUGAUUUUUUUAUGCUAUACAUAUAUUGUAUUAAGACAAUAAAAAGUAUGUGGUGACUGUCUAUAUUUCAAUAUGAUGAAAUUACCCAUAGUUUUAUUGAGUUUAACAAUAGUGUCAUCUUUAAAAGGAUUUAACAUAGAUGAUAAUGAUGAAUUUCCAGGAUAUAAUUAUAUGAACCUAAGUGCAGAUCCAUGUGAAGACUUUUUUGAAUAUACCUGCGGAAAUUUUAAAAAAAUAUAUCCACUAAAUGAAAAUGUUUCAACCAUCGACCAAUUUACACUAUUGGAGGAAAAACUCACAAACACUGCAAGAUUAAUCCUCUCAGAGCCUGAACGUGACGACGAUCCAAUAGCUUUGAAAAAAGCAAAAUCUGCUUACGGUGCAUGUAUAGAUGAAGAGUAUCUAGCAGAAAGGAAAAACCCCGAAAAAAUAAUUGUAGCCGAUGAACAAGGGUUUCCGUUAACACAGCUACCAUGUCAACAACAAGCCACAAACUAUAGUUUUCUAAAUAUUGCCGAUGCUGUAAGCAAGUAUGGUAUCCCAAUGCUGUUUAACGUGAUAACUGCUGGAAAUCCUGGAAAUGCUUCCAAUAAUAUACUCUAUAUAUCUAUGUUAGAUGCUCAAAGUUUGACACCUGUACAAAUUCGGCACAACCAUGGCACAUCAUACGAACAACUAAUCGAGGAAGGAUUCAUAUCUGUAGGCACAUCUGAGAGUAAAAGUUCACAAGUUUUAAAACCAUUUGACAUUUUCCUUAGACAAAUGUCUUUAAAGAUGAGGAAUGCCACUGAAAGUUUUUUAACUGAUAGUCAGGUGUUUAGUAACUUGGAAGCUGUCGUCCAGGUUACAAGGGCUGUGUUUACUGGCGGUUAUGUGGACAAUGCUACUAUAUCGCCUAUAUUGGGAGAUGACGUUUAUUCAGUAACGCUUGAGGAUAUAAAUACUUGGACUACACAACAAUUUAAUAAUACCGUUAAACUAAAUUGGAUUGAAUUCUUCCAACACUACUUUGCAAACGCUGGUGUAGAUAUAACAGCAACCACAAGGGUGCUGAAUUAUUCGGGGUUGGAAAAACUUUUAUAUGGAAUAUUGAAUAUGGUAAAAUUAACUGAAGAUCAUGUGAUUAAAAGUUAUGUAAUGAUGCGACUGUUUACACAUUUGGCACUUGACAGUGAUGCAGACUCAAGAGAAUUCAUAGAGAAUUAUUUUGCAGAAAAAAAUGUUGAAAUUUACUCUAGGCAAGAAUAUUGUGUAAGAAAAAUAUUGGACUCUACAGGAACAGCAGGUUUAAGUUUUGCAGUGGCGUAUGGAUAUCAACUAAAUCAUUUUAAUGUUAAUAAUUAUCAAGAGGUGAUCAAGUUAAUAGAGGACCUAACAGAUUCAUUUAGAGAAAUAAUAGAAAAUACUAGCUGGAUGGAUCAAGAAUCAAAGGACAAUGCAGUUGCUAAAUUAAAACGCAUGAUAAUGAUAUUGGGACAUCCAGACAUUUCUUACGACAAGGACAACUUAGAUCAAUUUUACGAGAACUUGAAAAUCUGCAAAUGGGAUCAUUAUGGGAAUUCAAUAAGAAUCAAAGCUUUUAAAAACGCUUACCAAAUAUCUCAAAUAUCUAAAAGGAAAAGAGAUUUUUGGGAUAAAUCACCGUUUGAAGUAAAUGCUUAUUAUAAUAAACCCAAUAACAAAAUGAUUUUUCCUAUAGCUAUGCUGAAUCCACUGUUUUUUGGUAGCGGUAACAGUAUAUUGGAUUAUAGUAGAAUUGGAAGUGUAAUAGGCCAUGAAAUGACUCAUGGAUUUGAUAAUGAUGGUAAAACAUAUGAUGCAGAUGGUACCAGACGUUCGUGGUGGACUAAUGAAACCAAAACCGAAUUCGCUAAUAAAGUAAACUGUUUUAUAGAUGAAUACAACAAAUUUUAUGUACCUGAAAUCCAAGAAUACGUCAAUGGAACUAUUACUUUAAAUGAAAACAUAGCGGACAAUGGUGGAGUAAGGGAAGCAUACGGAGCUCUGAAAAAAAUGAUGCUGAGAAAAAAUAUCACUAAAGGAACAAAAGAUUUCACUCCAGAACAAGAAUUUUUUAUUGGAUUUGGGACUCUGUGGUGUAACAAUCCUUCCGUUAACUAUCUACAACAAAUGUCCACUAACGAACACGCUAAUUCGAAAUAUAGAGUAAAUGGAGUAGUUUCAAAUAUGGAGGAAUUUUCUGAAGCAUUCAACUGUUCUGUUGGAAGCAACAUGAAUCCGUCCAAUAAAUGCAGGAUCUGGUAAAGAUUCGUUAAAUAAUCCUUAAUUACUAAAAUAAUAAUUAAAUCCAUGCGUUGCACGGAAUGUAAAUAAAAAUGUACAGAGUGUCUUAAAGUUCUGGUUUAAAAAAUUGUGAAAAUAUGGGUAAUAAAAAACUUUUGCACAAUUUAUAAA